GGAAAACCACAAAGAUCAACGUAAAUGCAGUCAUUUUUUUCAUCUUCGAAGACGGUCAUCCAAAAGAAACACAAAAGAGACAAUUCAUUGGCCAAAUUUGAGCUCAAGCGAGGUGAAGCGGCGAAGAAGUGGAGCUGUGAAAGUCCAAAGAGCUGCAGGGUUUGAGGCACGUUACUAUAAUAAGCAGUAAAGAUGAGGAGGGGAAAAACAUAACCCAAAAUAAUCCUCCUCCUCCUCCUACUCCUUAAAAAAAAAAAAAAAAAAAAACGGGAAAUGCUGCUGGUAGGCAGGUAGUCAGCCUCCAGCUCAGCUCACAGGAGGAGGAGGAGGGGGGGGGGGGGGGACUCCUGAUGGAUUUGGGAUGGACCGCCACAGGAUUGGUGGAUGGCUGCUCUGGCUGUGGCCCUGUGCCAAGCCCUUAUGUCUUUAUAUACUGUAAACAGAUGACCGGACAGUCCUGAGUCUCUCUCCCCUGUCAAUCUCUCCACUCCUCCAUCAUCCGCCAGGGCUUCCUCUUCUCCUCAGCUCUCCUGUCUGUGACUCUCCUGCCCGGGCUGUGAACACAAUGGCCACGCCGAACCUGCUGCAAACUCUCACCGUGUGGCUCCUGUUCGGGAGCCUCCUGUUAGCGGAGGCGACUUACUACCGGCACCACCGCUACAUCCCUCACUUCUACCGCUACCGGGAGCACUCCGCCAACACGGAAAACCUCCUUCCCGAGGUCUCCAACCCGGCGCCCGCGGCGGCGCAGCCCGGCGUGCCGACCUACCCAGAGAUCCCCGAGGUGUUCCACCCGGCGCCUGAGGUCAUCCACCCCAUACCCGAGGCUUUCCACCCGGUGCCCGAGGUCGUGCAUCCCGCACCUGAGCCCUACCACCCACCUGAGGUUUACGAGCCGGUGCCCGAAGCCUCCUCCCCCGUCAACCUGACCCGGGUCUUCUACGGGAUCAUGUUCGACGCCGGGAGCACGGGCAGCAGGAUCCACAUCUACAAGUUCAUCCAGAAAGACCCCGUCGAGCUGCCGGUUCUGGACAAUGAGCUUUACCACGCAGUGAAGCCCGGGCUGUCUGCCUACAAGGACAACCCUGAGGAGGGUGGCAACACCAUCAGGCAGCUGCUGAAGAUCGCCAAGAAGACGGUGCCGGAAGAGGAGUGGCACAGGACCCCCGUGGUCCUGAAGGCCACGGCGGGUCUGCGUCUGCUCCCCGAAGACAAGGCCAGCGCUCUUCUGAAGGAGGUGCGAGACGUGUUCGAUGAGUCCCCCUUCUUUGUGCCAGACAACAGUGUUUCCAUCAUGAAUGGAGCGAACGAAGGAGUCCUCGCCUGGGUCACAGUGAACUUCCUUACAGGUCACUUGUACUCCAACACGAGGAAGACAGUGGGCAUCCUGGACUUGGGUGGAGGAUCUACACAGAUCACAUUUCUUCCCAAGUCAAAGAAAACCAUUCAGUCUGCCCCUUCCAGUUACAUCGCCAAAUUCAACCUCUUCAACCACACGUAUCAACUCUACACACACAGCUACCUUGGAAAUGGACUGUAUGCAGCCCGACUGGCAACUCUUGGAGCACUAGGAGCUGAUGGUCUAGAUUGGAAAGUCUUCACCAGCUCCUGCCUGCCAAAAAAGUUCAGAGAAGAUGUGACUUUUGGAGGAACCACCUACAAAGUUAGCGGGAUUCCAGACGGCUACGCUGGCUACAAGCUGUGCUACUAUGAGGUGAUGAAAGUCAUCAAAGGAAUCGUCCACCAACCCUAUGAGGUGAAGGGCAGCAGCGUCUUCUACGCUUUCUCCUACUACUUCGACAGAGCUGUGGAGUCUGGCCUCAUUGAAGGCAGUCGAGGUGGUGCACUUGAAGUCAGGGAUUUUAAGAAGAGAGCCAAAGAAGUGUGCAACAAAAUGACCAAAUACCGCGCUAUCAGCCCCUUCCUCUGCAUGGAUAUGACAUAUAUCACUUGUCUGCUAAAAGAGGGCUUUGGCUUCAAGGACAGCACUGUGCUGCAGCUAACCAAGAAGGUGAACAACGUGGAGACGAGCUGGGCCCUCGGAGCGACCUUCGACUACUUCAGAAACCUCAACAUCCACCACUAAGGGCAGCUCGCUGUCACUGCAGCCGGCACUGAGAGGGACAGUCUGUCACUGUGAG